AUUGGAAUAUAAUAAGAUUUUUAGAAGAGUGCACUCUACAACAAGUUGACCAGAAAAUAGGUCUUUACCUCACAUCCCUCGAAGCGAUAGUUAAAGUUUUUGAAGGAAAAAGGCGAAAACGAGCACAACAAUUAUUAGAUAGAUAUAGAAAGGCGACUUUUAAGGCGAGCCACGAAUCUAGUGUUGGGGUGCAGGCGAAUUUUAAGUUUGCCUGA